GAUCAACUGGUACUUGACGUGAACAUAACACGUCCCCUCAAGCAACGGGUUCCGCUGCAGCUGGGUUCCGUUCAUACUUUUUCAACACGACUCUAGACGCUUUAAACCUUCACUGACCAGUUACUUGUGCAUGUCUUUCCCUCAACUGCACGAGUUUUUUUGCGCUGGUGUUCCCAACAGGCCCUCAAAACGCAGUGGGACCGCGUCAGUUUCCUUUCCUUUCCUACAUAAGAGUUGAGUUCGCCUGAUUGAUAUUCAUCUAUCUCCUUGGGUAAUCGCGCGCUUCGCCGAGCCUUCACUCUUGUCUUCAUCACACCUUUCUUUUCCUCUGCCCGCCCACUAUAUUUUUUCAUCCUCAUGAACGAUGCCUGGAAACCCAGAUUCUGCAAUUCAAGAAAUGCUCGAAAUUAUGCGCGACAUACGCGAUAUGAUGCAUUCUCGGGAGUUGUCAAUUCCUGCAGGACCCCGAGUUGCAGAUGAAGAUGGCGCUCCUUCCCCUCACUCUGGUACAGGCGAUGAUCUGCCUGGUAUAGAUACUACAGCAAUAUUCAAUUCAAGCGAAAAACCCCAGGAGCCUACUUGUCCUAGCUCGUCUGAGCAUUAUACAGCUCAACUCAUUUCACCGAAUCCUCCUGUUGAACUCCCUGGGGAACGACCUUCACCAAAUGCCCAAUUCACUGCAAACUCACCCACAAAUAGCAAUUCACCCCUCAAGCAUCGGUGGUUUGGCCUGAAGCAGGAGAAAGAGAGAAAGGUUCAAACACAUCCAACGGCAGCCAACUAUGAUUAUCGGGUAAAAUAUCCCAAAGAUCCACGAUAUCAUGAGCUAGAUGAAGAGGCUCGUGUUUGGUGGGUUUACUUAGAUGAGGCCAGCGACUUCGACAAUGAUAUGGUUGGUGAGCUUGGUGAUAGUCUCGAUAUCCUAUUGGUCUUUGCCGGUCUCUUUUCAGCAGUCCUCACAACUUUUGUCGCUCAGACUUCUCAAGCACUUUCCCAAGAUUAUACCCAACUUUCAUCCUCAUACCUUCAGGAGGUCACAGCGUUGCUUCGCGCUAACGGAAACGAGACUACUCUUGCGGGGAUUCCUCUUACCAGUACUGCUUUUGCUCCUGCAACUACUGAUAUAUGGUUGAAUGGACUGUGGUUCAUCAGUCUUACUCUUUCACUGUCUGUCGCUUUGUUUGCUGUCCUUGCAAAACAAUGGCUGCGACAGUAUAUGUCGAUCAUCACUGGUACGCCCCUCGAGCGUGUUUUUAUCCGUCAAUUCCGAUUCGACGGACUCAAAAAGUGGCAUGUACAGGCUAUCAUUGGUGUUCUCCCGGUUUUACUUCACAUCUCUCUUGUGUUGUUUCUCGUAGGCCUGGUAAUUUUCCUUGUACCCCUCAAUACCGUGAUGGCAUACAUUGUCGGGGUAAUCACAGCUAUAGUCAUCAUCCUUUACAUGGCUGCCAGCUGCAUCCCCCUGUUCAUUGUCCAAUGCUCAUAUCGGACAACCUUCACCGACAUACUUUAUUACGUCUACCAGCUCAUCUUGGGGGUCAAUCGCUGGAUCUUCUAUCCCCUUCGUGAUUACUUGUUCCGUUUUCGGAAAGACCGAUUUCCUCGUGAACGAGCGCCGAAAAGAAAGAAACCUAUUGUGGUUCUAAAGGAAGUUGAGCGCUCAGUAGCUUGUACUGACGAUCCGACAAGGAAUGAACCUAUGAAGCUGAAAUCCCUUCGUUGGCUCGGGGAAUCAACCACUAGUCCAUCUGCGAAAGUGAUCAUCCGACAUUCACUUGGGGCCUUCACUCAAGAAACAUCGGAUAACGAUAACCUAUACACAUUCGAUGCAUUACGCAUUCUCUACGGAUACAGGUCAAUGGUUGAUUUGAUUGUUGAAUGUAUAGACCUAUUUCAAGUAGUGGACGUCCAAGAUAAUGAUCAGCUGGAUUAUCUAGAGGGUCAAGUUCGAGCUUGUAUUCUUUAUUCUAACUGCCGUCUCAACUUCUACCAGAUGAAACUAGAUCCCAAAAUCCCCAUUCCCGACAUAACAGUUGCGUUGACGUUGUUAUCAGCUGGUGUUAUUGAAGUCCCUAUCAGCUAUGAUGGUAAAACUAUCAUGCUCCAACGCGACGACGUCUUGCCUUGGAUACUGGAUAUCUACCGCCAGUCAAAUUAUGAUAGGGAGUCCGAAUUGCAGCUUCCAGCACUUGUGUGGAAUUCGCUAUUCGAUUGGUACAGGGACAAGGUCGGGAUGGAAGUUGUGAGGCAGACAUUGCAUGGAUACCUUGGGGCACACGAAGAAUACACAUCAAAUAGUAUCCUCGAGGCCACACAAUAUCUUAGUGAUGCAAUAUACUUUAGAUACAUGGAUUAGGCUAUUAGGAAAGAAUACAUGAAUGACAUGUUUUCAAGUGAAAAUCAAUGGAACAUGAUAAAAGAG